AUGGCUAGUACCCAAGACGACAAGACAGUGACUGGCUAUCCGGUUCAGCCGGGUCAAAUCACCACCGGCUAUCCCUUCCCACUACCACCGGAGUACCCCCCAGCGCCCUCCUUCGUCGAUUGGCUGGUGAUGCACCCCAAACUCCCGGAGUUCAAAGUAGAAUCAGCCACCGUGCCCCAACUCGACCUGAGUCGCUCCGAGUUAACGGCCACGUGGGAUAUCAGCAUUCUCGCCAUAAACCCCAGCCAGAAAUUCAGAAUCCACUACGACCACGUCGAUGCCUCGAUCGUCUACGGUGACCGUAACUACAUCAGGGUCGGGAGAACGUCGUUGCGGCCCUUCGUUGUGAACACUAGGAACCAGACCCGUGUUGACAUGAAACUCGUAGCGGUGAGUGAGUGGGUCGGCGAUGACGUGGCGAAUGAAAUCUCCGACGAGAGGUCUCGGGGAUUGGUGAGUUUUGGAGUCAGGUUGAUGACUUCGGUGAGGUUUAAGUGUGGGCUGUGGCUGUCGAAAUCUCGGUUGAUGCUGAUCACCUGCGAUCGGGUCGAUUUCGGGUUUUCUCCGAAUAAUGGGAUCGGCACGUUGACGGGUCAGUGGAGGGAGUGCCGGGUUAACUUGAAUUCAUUGUUUUGA